AUGAUGCGACUGUGGCUCCCCAGAGGCCCCUGUGUGGCAGCUGUGGUCCUGACACUGAUGGUGCUGAGUCCUCCCGUGGCUUUGGUCAGGGACCCCCGACCACGUUUCUUGCAACAAGUGAAAAGUGAAUGCCAUUUCUCCAGUGGGAUGGAGCAGGUGCGGUACCUGCAGAGACACAUCUAUAACCAGGAGGAACACUUGCGAUUUGACAGCAAUGUGGGCAGGUACCAAGCGGUGACCGAGCUGGGACGGAUCCAAGCCGAGUACUGGAACAGCCAGAAGGGCUUCCUGGAGCAGAAGCGGGCCAAGGUGGACACGUUCUGCAGAUUCAACUCUGCCAUUGUAGAGAUAUUAACUGUGAAGCAGAGAGUUGAGCCCCAGGUGACUGUGUACCCGACAAAGACGCGGCCCCUGGACCACCACAACCUCCUGGUCUGCUCUGUGAGCGGCUUCUACCCCGGACACAUUGAAGUCAGAUGGUUCCGGAACGGCCAGGAGGAGAAGACUGGGGUUGUGUCCACCGGCCUGAUCCGGAAUGGAGACUGGACCUUCCAGACCCUGGUGAUGCUGGAGACGGUUCCUCAGAGUGGAGAGGUUUACACCUGCCAGGUGGAGCACCCCAGCCUGAGCCGCCCUGCCACAGAGGAGUGGAGGGCGCAGUCUACAUCUGCACAGAGCAAGAUGCUGAGUGGAGUCGGGGGCUUCGUGCUGGGCCUGCUCUUCCUCGGGCUGGGGCUGUUCGUCUACUUCAGGAAUCAGAAAGGACAGUCUGGACUUCAGCCGACAGGACUCCUGAGCUGAGAAGAGGUGACAAGGCUGGAGGAAGGAGCUUCCCUGUCUCCAUGGCAUGAAAACGUGUCCUGUCUGGUUCGCAUUCUUCCAUUAGCAGUGCU